AGCAAAGCCGGAAGUACGAAAGAAUGAAUGCUCUCGUUUCUACUGGCGACGUUUGACCCCUUGUAACAACAGCAUCAGACAAGGGAUAACCUAAUGAUGGAAGAAUUAGCAGAUGGUGAAGCGCCUCCUGUUGAGGAUCUGUCUCAGUGUAAUACGUGUAAAAGAUGGUUCUUCCCUAAAGUCCUGGAGAAGCACACAAAAAUUUGCCAAAAGACAACAACUAAAAAGAGGAAGGUUUUUGACUCCAGUAGACAAAGAGCUGAGGGAACAGAUAUCCCCGCACUCAAACCAAUCAAACCAAAGUCACAAAGCUCAGCUGCACCCCAGAAAGCAGAACCCCCGAAGAAACCUUCCAACUGGCGCAAGAAACAUGAGGACUUCAUCGCUACUAUUCGGGCUGCCAAGGUCCUCACUCAGGUCAUGAAGGAUGGAGGACCAUUACCCCCACCUCCUCCUCCUAGUUAUGAUCCAGAUUACAUCCAAUGCCCUUAUUGUCAACGGAGGUUCAAUGAGAGCGCAGCCGACAGACAUAUCAAGUUCUGCCAGGAGCAGGCUGCCCGCAUGCCCAAUAAAGGCAAGCCAGGAGAUGCCAGGAAGCCUCCUGGUCGCACACAGUACAAGCUUCCUGCUUCUGUAAAGAAGACCAACUCUCCUGCCGUGUCAUCCAUCCCGCCAGCCUCUUCUCGUUUACCCCAGAGAUCAGGCCUCGGCCAGUCCACCGGAAUCCCUUCUGGUAAGGUUUCCUCAUCUGGUUCAGUCAGGAGUAAUCCCUCCAGCGUAACGGGCCCACCAUCAGGAGUGGGAAAUAAGGCCAGAGUCAUGAGUUCUGGCUAUGGCUCUGCAAGGAAUACUCAGUCUGGAAUGGGACCCAACAAGAAGAAAGUUGACUCGUACAUAUCUAGGGAUGAUGUUGAUGACUAUAAUGAGAUUGGCAAUGGUGGAAUGAAGAGCAAGUUCUGUCACGCCUGCGGGACCAAAUACCCCGUAGAAUCUGCAAAAUUCUGCUGUGAGUGUGGGGUCAGGAGGAUGUGUAUCUGAUGGAGGUCAAGAGACAAGUAGGGUUGCACCAUUGCUGAAGUUAGCAUCAAAUGGUUUCUCCAUAACUGAUUAUUAUAGAAAUAAUCAAAAAAGAAACAUUAUGUCUCUACUUUUUUUUUAAUAUAUCACCAUCUACAUUGGUGCUUAAUGGCUGAUACAGUAACAGCCCAUCCAAACCAUUACAGUGGGGAUGGGAUGUCUUAUCAACAGGAAAUUGGAUUUAUAAAUGAGUAUCAGCAUUUAAAAGCCACUGGUGCAACCUCAGAGCAGAGAAGAAGAUCCUCCAAUGCUAAAUGAUGUGCUGUAAAAUCUGCAAAAGGAGGAGGUUAAGUGUGACUCACUAUAAUGGGUGUAAUUGCCCUCAUAUUUCAAUCCUAGUCAGCCUUCAUAUAAAACGAAUUCCUGAUACCUAUUUUGCCUCCAGUUCCUAUUGAACAGAGUGUGCUCCUGUUGAAGUGCAAUAUAAUUGACUACUGAAGAAAGCAGUGUGCUUUUCUAAAGAAAAUUGGCUGCAAAUUGCGUCUUACCACCUUGUUUUGACAGGGAGUGGUCCUAAAAUGUACUAGCUAUCAAAGGUCAGUGCUCCCUGUAAUGUCACUUUACUGGCAACAUUUCUCAUAGUAGUGAAAUGUAGUGCUACAAAUAGUCAAAUGUAGCAAUCAGUCCCUUUUACUUGCUCUUGCUCUAUAUUAUGAAAUUAUUUAUUUUCUUAUUGCAUUUCAUUUUUACUAAAUGGAGGACUGCAACUUUUCUUUCAUGCUGUGUAUUUUUAUUUGGAUUUGUAUAAAAUCAAACCAUACAUGGAUGUGUUGCAAUUACUUUUUUUUUUUUUUUUCCAUUCUACAAAGUUGGUAUUCAUUGCAUUGAGGUUUGUAGGAUCAUAGGUGCAGUAACACUACUGGUCUUUAUAGGUGGUUGAUCUUUCUUUCUGAUAGAUCUAUGAAGGUGGGACAGACAGCUCUCUUCUGAUGUGCAUCUGUAAUUUAUGUCAUUUCACCGUUGUUAACCAUAAUUUGAGUUUAGUUACAAAUUUAAACAAACUAUUCUGUUACUCGAAAAAAAUUAUUUAAACAGAUUGGUGGGUUUUCCUGUUCUGAUCUCAACAGUUUGACCUGAAUGAGAUUGUGCGCUUAAUACCAUGUAUAUCCACCAUCAAUAAACUUCCGUGAAGA